GAGAAGUGGUGAAAAUGAAAACAAAAACUGGACCGUUGAAGAAGCCGAAAAGUAUUGCAAGCUUUACUUUGAGCGAAUUAACACGUACAACCUGUGUCAAAAUUUUUCAUCGACGCACACGGAUAUAUCUUUGCUGAACUGCAUUUUAGACAUAACACUGACAAAUAGUGUUGAAUGGACAAUUAUAACUCAACAGGCAAUGCAGGACACAUGUAACAUAGAACUUGAUAGGAACUCAACAGUAAGACAAUAUCUAAAAGACAGAGCAAAAGACAACGAUACCAAAUCGGGUAAUGGUGACGGACAAACCACAACAGAAUCACCAGUUCAGAAUCUUGAAGAUACUGUGAUUGACGAAAUUCGAAAACAUUCCUGCUUGAACAAUUGUUCAGAUCAUGGCAAUUGUGUCAACGGAGCUUGUUCCUGUGACAAUGGGUAUGGGGCGUCAGACUGUUCCAUUGACAUGGCUUUUCCACCGAGAAUUGAAGGCCUACUAGAUGAUGGAUUUUGCGAUGAAAUCAACAUUCCUUGCUCAUACUUGUAUGUUUUUGGAGAAGUAUUCGUUGGAAAGGAAGUAAUUUGUCGUUUGUUAGAGUUUCAGAUUGACACCAGUAGUAAGAAAACUUUUGAGCUACAACACACUUUUGUGGAAGGUAUAGCUGAUAGCUUGAUUGAGGCUGUUUGCGAUUUGAGACAACUUAAAUCACAGAAAAGAGAAAAUGAUCAGGUAUUUGUUCGUGGAUACCAAGUUUCAAUGAGUAACGAUGGAGAGCACUACUCUACCGAGCAUAUGGAAUUUUACCUUUUUGAUUCAACUUGUCAGAUCUACUUCAAGGAUGGGAAAGGGAUACGAUUUGCUUUGAGAGAAGGCUUCUGCUUUAUAGAGCAAAGCUGUUUUGCAAAUGGGACUGUCGAUAAAUCUGAAAAACGCUAUUGCGACACGGGUUUAUCAAACUACAGCUGGACCAAUAUUCCUACGACUACAACUAAAGCUACCACUACAUCAAACGCUCCGAUUACUUCUACCAUUGCUAUUGAUAACAGUUUAGCAAUGGAGACGACAAACACUUUAACUGAUCUAAAUAUUGGACUUAUAUCAGCAACAACAUUUGCAUUCAUAAUUUCGAUAAUACUAGCAAUCAUUCUGUGUCGUUGUGCUCGAAGAAAGGAAAAUCCAUGGAAAAAGCUAAGAAGUAAUAAAGAGAAGGAAGAGGAUAGCGAUGCUAUAGAAGCUAAAGUUAAUGCCAACAUGUUCUCCAAUCCAGUUUACAACGAAAUGCACGACUAAAGGUCGUCAGACAGUGUGCAUUAGAUCUUAUUGAUAACUUCGAGUAUAGACGAACAAACGUUUAAAUGACAAAAAGAAAAUACAUGCCUUUUUGGAUGUUUUUUUCCAUAAACCUGGACUGUUUUUGUGUGGAAGGGUGAAACAGUUUCUAAGUUCAAAUAUUGAUGUAUUCACAUUUACUCUUUCUUUGUUUGUUACCCUUGUCUUUGUCUGUACUUCAUAAAUGUCAGUUCGGAAGUAUCCUCCAGUAUUCAAACUAACAUUUUUCAUUCUAUUAUCUAUUCUGUCCACUGAAGUCGCUGUUAGGAGUGCGAGGGAGAUUCCACAUUUAGUUACCUUUUAUGGCCACUCAGUCAAAUUGAACUAUUAUUUUGCUUUGUCGCGCUCAAUGAUGGAUCUUAAAGUUAGAUUUUAUGUUGAGUGUAGAAGUGAGGUCUCCCAAAUCAAGUGCAAGAUCCAAUGAACAGUCGUUAGGUAAAUUUAUCUACGUAAGCACUUUUGUUUGAAACUAUAUGGAUAUUAAGGUAGCAGGGUACACGUAGAUUUGAAAAUUUUGGCCAUGGACAGUCUUACAUGUAGCGAGUCGCAAUAUUGUACUUCCCUAAUGAGCAGAGUCAGGGAAUCAGGGCGGCCAUUUAUUAAUUGCGUGCAUGUUUUGUGCUUUUAAAAAAAGGAUGGCAUCCCCCCCACCCUCGAUUGAAUAAAUGCAUAACUGGUGGGCUAAAUAUGAGAAUUGUGGGUUUAUAAUGAUAAAAAUGAUGUUUUUACUGUACCAGAACCUUGUUACUGGUGCCAGAAUCUAAAAAACUAAUCGCUUGCGUGUAUAUUGACUUUUAUGCUUUUAUGUGUCAUCAUCGUAACAAUUUUCAGCUGCUGUGUCGUCAAGUAGUGUUAUAGUCCCCAGUAAGUCUAGAACAUCAAAGAAGAGGUUCUAAACUAUGUGAAACCGCACAAAUUUAAGAGCUCUUUCGAAAUUUAAUGUUGGCAGAUUUCCCUUAAGGUAGCAGGGUACACUUAGAUUCGAAAAUUUUGAGCACAGACAGUCUUACAUGUAGCGAGUCGCAAUAUUGUACUACAAAUAUUUGUAUUACAAAUAUUGACGGGGGCCAAAAUUCGAAGUGUUUCCUGCUACCGUAUACAAAAGCAUGCGAUAUGCUUAAAUAAAUCAGCGGUGUCCAUGAUAUAUGAGACAGAUUUCGGAUUCAGAAAUUACUACAUUGUUUCUGAAUUCCCAUCUCUUAAUAUAAAUAUCAAAGUGCAAUUUCUAUAAAUGUUAUAUUUUUAUUUCUUCUGUAGCAAAUUUCAGGUCUUGCAUGAGGAGUAUUCGUCUUUGCUAUUUUUCAUAGCAUUUUCCGUGAAUUGUCACUGUCUUUCUCUUUGUUAGUAUCCAUGUUAUUGAAAAGUUUUAGAAUCAACUUAAGUUCCAAAGUCUGAUUAGCGUAGGUUCGCACAAAUUUUAAAUUGUAAAUUAUUUAUUAGCUUACGUUUAUUGCUUCAAAUGUGUGUGCCUUAUGAUCAAAAGAUAUAGUUUGCAGUGCUCUGCAGAACUAUAUCCACAACUGCAAAUGUUAAUUCGUAGAAAGGUGUUUAGUCUUUAUUGAUUGCUAAAUUUGAAAUUCAUAAUCAAUUUUAACAGCAACGAGUCUUCCAAUAGUCUGGUAUUGCAUCAAGGUAGGAAAUUAAUUAUUUUGUCUAAUACUUUGGUCACGAUGACCGUACGGUUUAUAAAAAUCAUACGUGUUCACCAAUCUUAGAACCCUUAAGGUCUCUGUACAAUUGUAGCGUCUAGUCACAGUACCUCCGGGCUGCACUUCGUGGAUGCAAUCGUAGGAUAUCCGUAUUGAAAUAGCAGACAAGUCGUUUGGAACUCGCAAGUGCCAGGCCGUACCUUGUAUGGUGGUCGUGGGAUCGUACGGCAUGCACACGGCACUCGUACAAUGUCCGCAUAGUGCCCGUACGACAAGAAUAGAUCACUUCGGCAACGUCUGAAAAAUUCCAUUUUCAAUCGGAUGAUUUCCGUACGGAUAUCGGCGACAAGUUGUACGGAGCUCGCAAGGAGCCCGGCCGUACUCCGUACGAUGCCUGUGGACUCGUAAGUCGCUCGUACGGUGUCCCUGUGACAAAAAUAAACCAAUUUUUCGACGUCUGAAAAAUGCCCAUUUGUAGCAACUCAGCUGAUCUUACCGCCCUGCAGGUCCCUGCAGAUAUCGCACGUUCUCCUGACGAUGUCCUUAAUAUUGCACGGACAUCGUACGUUGACCGUCCGAGUUCCUUACGAUAAUCGUGCGAGCAUCAGCAAGCCUCGCAGUGUUCAAAAUCCUUGCGAUGCCCGUACAAGCUCAUCCGAGGCUCAUGAGGGCCCCUAUGGGGUUCUUGCGAGCUUCUUCCUACUUCAAAAGUCUCAACUUCAUGAGUCCUCUGCGAGUUCUAAACAUUCGUGCGAAGGUCGUAUGAGUCAACGAUACCGUGCGAGUUGCCAAUAUUCGACCGGAAACCUACUCGUACGAAGCUCGCGGCGUUCCUGUGACCAGGGUAUUAGCCCCUUCUAGUGCUUACAGAUGCCUCUUCUAGUGUUUACAGAUGACUCUUCUAGUGUUUACAGAUGCAGUCAGUUAUUCACCAGUUUGUUUUGUUUAUUUGGUUUAAACAUAUUUUAUUUAUUUAUAAAUCAUUACAUGAAUAAUAUACAACAACUGAGAUAAGGGAAUUGGACAGAACGCUAAAUAGCUUACGGUUGUCCUUUCCCUUUCGUUUAUUUGUUAAAAAAAUAUAUUUUCAUAAUCUGAAACCUGAUUAUAUUUACCAUAUGUUAUAAUACUAUUUGCAGAAUAUUUGGACAAUUUAUGUGUGGUUUAAUGUUUAAACCAAUUAAUAUUGAAUUGUCAAAGUUCAAUCAGAUACUAUUUAAUAAAAUUAAGUCUUUAUUCCACUGUUAUUAAAGUAAUAUAAAUCAAAACAUUAUAUGCCCUUUAGUCAAUAUAUGUGAUUCAUGUGGUCUAUCGCCGUCUGGUAUCAACGUCAGGUAGCCGUAUAGUACGCAAAUUUCCUAUAGAUUUACUCCCGUUAUUUGAUUUCAUAGCAACAUUUCAAAAUCUUGCAUCAAUAAGUCUUUUGUCUGCUGAGUGUAAAACCUCAUUGGCUUAACGGUAAAACAUACCAAAUGGAAAGAGAAACUUUUUUUCUGUAGAAACCGUACGUUUUCACCUUUUGUUGAGAGGCCUUUCGUAUACUAUAAGCAAUUCUAAACAGCCAUUAUUUGCAGAUUUCAUUCACGAAUGAUAAUUGAUAUUUUUUUGACUUUUAUGUGCUUGCAGUAAAAUGUAAUGUAAUAUUAUGUAAUGUAAUGGAUGUGGCUGAUUUGAUCUUUAAAAUAUUUUGCUUCAAGAUUAUAGGGUAGUUGAAAUUGUAAUCCUUUUUCUCAAUUUAUAACGUAUGACAAAUAAACAAAUUUUCAAAGAUCGUGGUAAAAUUGUCAUAUUUCAGUAGACAAUAGCAAUAUCUAAUGCUAAUUUAAUUUUUCUGGUCUUUUUGGACCAUGAAGUGCAUUCAAUUUUACUGUAAUAGAAUUUCACUAAAGCCGGUACUAGGGGCUGAUGUGUGUUGCACGUUUCAUAACUUCCCAUGAAUUAGUGUAUUACACGAUAUUUCGAAAAACUUGAAGUUAAUAGAUUUAAAUCAGAGCAAAAAGUAAUUUCGACGCGUGGAUGCGUGGACUCUGUCAUAUCUAUCUUCUUUUUGAUUAAUUAUUUUAUUUCUUAAACCAGAACUUAACAAGAAAGUAUCGUCAUAAGAAUUAAACAAACAUUAAAAUGACGUUGAUUGAAGGAAUGUAGUACACGAUGUGUGAUUUGGUUAAUAAGGUUUAGAAUUUAUGCAUCUUAAUGUAGUGUUUACAUAUACUUGUGACGUAGGUGCUAUAUCAUGUUACACUGCUUGCAUGCUGUUAAGCCUCUUUGAUACUUUUUAGUAGUUGCCUAGCUCUCGUAGUAAUAAAA